AUGAAAGCUUAAUACUUUUGGCCUAAAUAGAAGAUACAGGUCAUGCCCUUGACGAGUCCUUAAAACAAGUCCAACUUCGAGAACACAUUGAUCAAAACAAAAAAGUAACUAAGCCUUCAUGAAUAAGAGAAUUGGAAUGACGAACACAUAAUUAAAUAUCGUAAUCACUUGAAAGACGUAAGAGAAUUAAAACAGAAAUGGCAAAUCAUUGAAAGACCAAUGAAUGCCUCAGUCUUAGAAAAAGCUAAACCUUAUAUCUUAGACAUGGAAUAAUCAAUACAACAUGUAUCUCUUGAAAAACCUAAAAAAAAGAUUAUUAUUCGUCCAUUUAGUUCCAGAUAGUAGAAACUGCUAUCACAAAUCUCGCAAAUUUACAAUUUCUAAUCAUGUGCUAAUCGCUAAAAUAAAAUUAAGCUCUAUUUGUAGUCUGAUGACAAUUAUGCUAAUCAUUCAUUUAGAUUCUACAAGAAUUUUGCAAAUUAUCUUAACUCGAUCAAAUGA